GGCAAUCAAAGCGCUGAGCCUCAUGUCGGGCUUGUCCCUGGGGCCGGCCAUGACGGGCUGUGAGGCGGCCGACGGGCUGAUCCGCCGAGCCCGCAGGUCAUUUGACGACAUUGUGGCGGCCAAGGAGAGGGCCCAGGCGGACGUGGAGGCCAUCGCCAAUGAGAUGUCCACCAUGGUGGCGGCCAAAGGGGGCGUGUGGCAGCUCCCAUACACUCAGGGAGAGAUCAUGGUCAAUGCCGGUAAAGACGGGACGGAACAGACAGGCAGAAAUGGGCAUGUGUGUGUGGUGCGACUGUCCGUCACUUUCUCCCUCUCUCUCUCUCUGUGUGUGUGUGUGUGUGUGUCUGACCAGGCGGUGUGGUCUUCCCAGUGAGUCGGCGCGCCCUGUUGAUGCCCUUCAUGAAGCACCGCUACAUCUCGGUCCUCCUGAUGCACCACGCGGGCGGCCUGCCCAAGGACCCCGACGGCCACCUCUACCUCGAGACGUCAUCGGCAUACUUCGAGGCCUUCUGGGACGAGCUGAUGCUCUACCAGACUGGCCGCACCGACAUCGUCACCCUGCCGGCAUCCAAGGCAUCAGAUCCGCUCUACAAUGACUACCACGCCCUCUUCAUGAGUGAGAUCAGCUGCUACUCGGCCUCCCAGCCGCCCGCAGCCACGGCCGCGCCGAUGGAGGUCGACGGCCACACACCCGACACACAGCCGGCCGACACACUAGAUGAGAUGCGGCAGCACAUCCAUGAGUGUGAGGAGGCCCUCCACGCCCAUGGGGCGGCCAUGGUGGGGCUGCGGGCGGUGCGGGAUGACAUCCGGCGGUUCCUGACGGCCAUGGAGCCCUUCUUCGCCAGCCGAGACGCCGACGACAAUGCCGUUUUGAGCCUGACCAUCCACAGCCGCACUGUGUCGAUCAUGCGGAAGACACUUGAGCGGCUCGGCCACAACCACCCCCUGCUGACACGCUUCUCGACGUAUGAAUGACACACAGACACAGAGAGAGGGGAACGAGGGGAUGAUGCGCAUUGGUGUUGGUGUCUGUGCUGGUGGUGGUCAGGACGCCCCCGUGUUGGGCCGACCGUUCUGUGCGGCAGACGCCCACCAAGUGCUUCAUGGCCGCCGUCGAGUUUGCGCGCCGCAUCGCCAUGGCGGCCGCCGGGCGGCUCAUCCGCCCGCCACUCGUCGAGGAGGCCGACAACCGUCACUUUGUCGAGGACAUCGUAAGUGAGACACACAGAGAGGGAGGGCGGCACACGCAGGAAGGAGCAGCUGUGUUGGUAUGUGUAUGUGUGUGUGUGUGUCAGGAGAUGUAUGCGUUGAAGUACGAGCCCCUCUGCAAUGGCGUGACGAGUGGCGACUUCGUCAUCGAGACGGCCGAGGAGUGGGGCAAAGUCAUCGAGAUGACCGGCAAACACUCACCCUCAGUAACACUCAUCUAAAAGUGAGCCAGCUACGGCGGGAGGGAAAAAGACACUCAGAGAUCGUUGCGGUGCGUGUUGAUGUCAGGUCGAGUCGUGACACAUUUGAGUAUCCGUCCUUCCUCAACAAGGUGGUGGGCAAGAGCGGCCUCCUCUUCGCCCUUCAAGACGGCGACACUCACCGAUUCGGGGCUUUCAUUGACGGCCCACUCACCCCGCCAGCCAACCCCACACAGAUCAACUGCGACAAGGUGCCUGUCUUCUUCUUUUCGCUGUCGGGUGCGUACGAGACGCCCACCAAGAUCGAACUGCCAGAGAACGAGCAGCAGGUGGACGUGGCCGGCACAGAGGGGGUGGAGAAAAACAUGGACGAGCGCACUGCCAAGGUGGGCAUCGGUGGCGGUGCAGCAGCUCUCUGGCUGACAAUCGCCUUGCCUGGCCCGGCGGCGGACCUCAGCAGCUGCGAGCUGUGGAUCAAGAGGGACAAGCUGCCGGACGGCUACAUUGACGACAGCGAUUUUGAUGACGAGGAGGAGAAUGGCCCGAUGGAUGAGGAGGGCGACGGCACGCUGGCCCACGCAGAAGACUUCACGUGCACUGAGCUGGAGGUGUGGCACGUCACAGAGGUCAGCGAGAGGCAGCGAGGGCAACAAGCAGAGAGAGAUCGGAAAACUGCAUUUGAUUCCUGUAUCCAUGUGAUGCGUAUGUCGCUGUGUGUGUGUGCAGGAGGUCAACGCCUGAUGCACUGGGACAGGCGUGAAAGGGGCGGAGGGGUGGGAGGGGUGGGGGUUCCGUGGGGACAGGAGAGGGAGGGGGCGAGGGCUGCCUCUUUCCUUUGCCUGAAGUGCCUUUUGCGCUGCUCUCACUCUUUUAAUUAAGACCUAUGUGCCACUUGGCCUUUAUGUGGCUCUUGUGCUGGCGAUGCGGUGCUGGUAGAUAGCUGAUCGGUGCCCCACAGAUCCCCACGGUGUAUACGUUUACGCUUGUCUGUACUCUGUAGCUAUUACUAGAUGUGGUGUCUGUGUGAUGCAUGGUGCCAUGUCGUCAUCGAUCAGGGGAGGGACAGAUGUGUGUGCUGUGCGCCGUGCUGAUGAACGGCUGGGUCACAUUAUGAGUGACGUGAGCGGCUCUGUAUUUGUCUACUGCUUCCUGGGGAUGGUCCACGUCGCUGUGAUGACAGUCUGCAAGCCGGCGGAUCGAGGAAGAAGUUUUCCUGUGUGACGUACGUGUGUGCAGACAUCCGUGUGUGUCAAUCUUGCAUUGUAGAGGCAGAGAACCAGACAGCCUCGCACUGCCCGUGAUCAACUGGUGUGCCGUUUGUUUGAUGACGGACGAUUCGCUGUUUACUCUUUGAUUCGCUCGCCGUAUGCACGCGAUUGAUUGGCGCCGUGCUGGAAAAGGGUUUCUUGUGUUCCAUCGACAGGGCAUGUGGCUGCCGUGGUGCAUGUGUGGAGCGUGAAGUCUUUUGAUGCAUGCGACGAUGCAAGCAAGACGGUCAUCGUCUGUGUGCCGUCGAUGGACGGGGGGAUGGAGGGAGCAUCUGUGUGUGUGUCAUUCGCUUCGCCUGUCUGUCUGUGUGUCUAUCGUGUGCACUGAUCACGAUCAUGGUCCAUCUUGUGCGUAUAAACCAAUCAAAUGUCUAAAGCAAUCAGCCCUUUACGCGAUACUUACUGUACGUGUCCAUCAUGGUGGCUGCGUGAGUGAAGGAAUGACUGCCAUCUGGCCAGUGGCACACCAUGACCGACAUGCACAACCUUAACUCUGCCGGCCCUUUUGCGAUGUCAUGACAUCGGUCUGUGCAAUGGAUGCUUGGGUGAACAGUGAGUGUUUGCAUCGGUCUAUUGCGUCUGAGUGUCUGCACAGAACGACCGGUACCUGCACCUGCACAGAACCGUCCGUCCAGGGUGACGACAGCAAACACAGCC